AUGGAUCCUCCUCAAAGGCAAAGUGGAACAAUCCAGAGACAAGACGCAAGUGUUUCAGAUGCCCCCAAACCUCUUACUGAGGAUUUACAUGAAACACACACUUACGACUACCUUGACAUCUUUCCUGAAGAUAAUGCGGAACCUAUAUAUGAGAGCACCUUGGAUGGGCUCAUAGCCCCACCUAACUCCCAACCCAAACCGCCAGACCAGCCCUGGGGUCAUGGAAGAGUAGAUCCUGGGAAUACACACCACCAAAGCACAAAUGGGCCUCCCCCUCCAGUCAGGACCAGGCUAUCUAGUUGUCCUAUUGCAUGUUUGCCAGGUAGACAAGGACCCCCUCCUGUUCCCCCCAGGACACGAGCACCCCUCAGCAAAAAGAUGUUUUCCUUUGACCGCAGUGAGCCUUCUGAAAAACUGAUCCGUUCCAGGACAGAAGCAGAUAAUCAUGACCCAUGGACCAUCAAACUAAUAGACACUCCUCAAGGCAGCACCAAGAGUCUGGCUUCUUUUUGUGCUGCAACUUCCAAGUUAAUGUCAAGGUACAAGCACACAGACAGUGUUCAUAACUCGGGUAUGGUAUGUGGUCGAUUGUUACACAUCCACCCUGCCCUGCUGCAGCAGGUGGAGGUAAAUAUCACUGUGGCCACUGACUGGGAUGAUCACCAGAUCCCCUUCCCCACCACAGUGAACAAGACAGUGAAGAGUCUGAUUGAUGAACUCUUCCAUCUGCUGGAAGUCACUCCCAGAACAAGCGGGCAGUAUGUUUUAAAACUGUGUGAUUCUGAGGAAUAUCUCCAAAAUGAAGCACUGCUGGGUAUGCAUGAGACUAUUCAGAAGUACAUCAAGUUUAAACUAAAAGUGCCUCUCCGACUGCUCCACUUGAACAACCUCAAACACCGUCUGGCCAGGGAUGGGGAGGAUGACCAACCCUCAUGCCAACUGUACCAGCUCCUGCGCCCUGGCUGUGUUUUCAACACCUGCAAGUUUAGUCUGCAAGAGGUGUUCAGAAGCUACAGCAGAGAGGUGACAGAUCUGAUGAGAUGUAGGUCUGGGAUGAACGUUAAUGUCCUCGUGGGCUGUGUUCGCACCAUCAGCAAUCUUCUGUGUGGGCUCUCGUGUCAGGAGUUGGAGGACACUAUUGGCAGGCUCAACCGAAUAAUUCCCACACCUCUGAGUCAUGAUGAGAUGUCUGAGUGUGAAACUGCCUUGAUCAUGCUCCAUGGCGCACUGCAAAAAGUGCUGCAGAUCUUUUUUGACAACUUCCAUUCAGACUUCAGAGGCGAAGAGGUAACCAGAACCCCACAAAUACAUGACGUGGAUGAUAACUCUGAAAUCUUACAAUUUAAUAUCGCUGCUCUCUACAAACUACAACUCUCCUGGUUGAGCAGUUAUGAGUUCUUCUCUGUUUCCUGUGAGUUGACGUUUGGAGGAACAAAGAUCUGUGACACUGGUAUUUCUGAGAACAUCAGCACGGCCUUAUCGUUCGGAAACAAGAUCCAGUGUAACCGCAUGAUGGUGUUCCCUGUUCCAGUAAAUCAGCUGCCAUAUGAGACCAUGAUGACAUUUCGCCUCAAGGGCUCCAAGCGUGGCAAGAAUGCCGAGCUUUUAGGCUGGGCUGUACUACCUCUUUACAGCAACCAGACUCUGGUGAAUGGGACCGUUCUGCUCAGUAUGUCCACACUGGCUGAGCUUGCUGCUCCUCCCUCUCCUGCCCUGUUUGACAGUCACAGACAGCCCAUCGGGGUCAUACUGCAGCUCCAGUUUCAGGAUAAUUUUGAGUGGAAGUAUCAGAGAUCCAUUGCACUGCCUGGUUCAGUCAUAUUUACUCAGCCUUGUGAGGAUUUGCAAAAGAAAAUGCUGGAUGUCUCUAAGAAGCACUGCCUCUGCUUUCUAACACAAAAUGAGAAGGCUUUCCUCUGGAGUAAGCGUUACUGUAGUGAGAAAGCUAGUACUUUCCUCCACCUCCUGCUGGGUGCAGUCCCCCGGUGGCAGCCUGAAGACUUGACAGAAAUCUACACAAUUGUAGAGAACUGGCCAAUCCAUCUACCUGAAGAGGCCCUCUUCCUGCUCAGUGACAGUAUGCAUGAUCAGACUGUGCGGAGGGCUGCAGUUCACUACUUUGAACAGAUACCAGAUGGAGAGCUAGAUUUGUUUCUGCCACAGUUGGUCCAGGCUCUGAAGAGUGAGUGGGAGUUGGAUGGACCUCUGGUGAUGCUGCUGUUGGAGAGAUCACUGAAGAACAUUCAGAUUGCCCAGCAACUCUACUGGCUGCUGGAGGAUGCCCACAAUGACCCCUACUACCAGAGUUGGUUCAGUAAGGUUCAGGCUGCACUGCGGCACUGUUGCGGCCAGGCACUGAGGCAGGAGCUGGAACAUGAAACCCGCCUGGUGUCUGUGCUUGUACACGUGGCGGAGAAGGUUUGCACUGCUGAGAAGACUCGACGCAAGAAUGUUUUGAUGAAAGAAAAGCUAAAGAUUGAUGACUUCUUCAGAAAUGGGAUCAGCUGUUGUCUGCCACUGGAUCCUGCAGUCCGUGUAAAGGCAUUGGACGUGGAUGCCUGUAAGUUCUACAACUCCAAUGCUGCUCCUCUGGGGAUCUCAUUUAUCUGCACUGACCCUCUGGCCCACAAUGUCAGUGUCAUCUGCAAGACAGGAGAUAACCUGCGUCAGGACAUGCUGGUACUUCAGAUAGUCCGUGUGAUGGACAGGAUUUGGCUCCAGGAGGGGCUGGACCUCCGAAUGAUCACCUACAGGUGUCUUUCUACGGGACGAGCUCAAGGCCUGGUGGAGGUGGUUCCAGAGGCAGUGACCCUUGGGACGAUUCAGCAGGAAUGGGGUCUGGGUGGCACCCUUCGAAAAGACACACUAGAGAAAUGGUUCCACAUGUGGAACAAAACUAAGGAGGACUAUGAGGAGGCUGUGAUGAACUUCAUCCACUCGUGUGCAGGGUGGUGCGUGGCCACCUUCAUCCUGGGGAUCUGUGACCGCCACAAUGACAACAUCAUGUUGAAACACAGUGGACAUAUGUUUCACAUCGACUUUGGCAAGAUUAUGGGCAAUGCACAGAAAUUUGGAAACUUUAAAAGGGACCGAUCACCGUUCAUCUAUACAUCUGAGAUGCAACACUUUAUCUCAUGUGGGGGGAAGAAGCCUCAGCGCUUGCAUCGCUUUGUGGAGCUCUGCUGUGAAGCUUACAACAUAAUCAGACAGCGCUCCGCACUCAUACUCAGCUUGUUGGAGCUGAUGCUGCAUGCAGGGAUGCCAGAACUGAAGGACUCUAAUGACCUGCAGUAUGUCCAGAACAACCUCAGACCUCAUGACACAGACCUGGAAGCCACAUCCUACUUUACAAAGAAGAUCAAGGAAAGCAUGGGCUGUGUUGCUGUCAAAUUUAACUUCCUGACACACAGCAUAGCUCAAGGGAAGAAACAGGAACCACUAACCAAGAAUGACAUCCCUGCUCCCAGCACCAACAUCCAAGAGGCAGUCAUCCAGGGAUACACCAUCAGGGGAAAAGAUGUGAUCUAUGACCUGAGAGUAACCAUUCAUGAUGGUUAUCUGAACAGUGAGAAGACAUUUGGGCAGUUUGAGCUGAUCCAUAAGCAGCUGCAGAAAUACUUUAUUGAAUCUACGCUGCCUCAGUUUCCUAGCUGGUAUAAGAUGUCAUUCACCCCAGGCAAGAGGGUGACUCAGCUGAAUAAAUACCUGAAGCAGCUUUUUGAGGGACCAUGCAAGGGAAAUGAAUAUGUGUGCAGCUUGUUCCUGGAUGGCCCCAACAUAGUCCAAGAACCUGUGGUGACAGGAGCCCGUCCUCAGAUCCAGCUCUACAUUUCUCACUCUGACUGCAAGCUCUCAGUCAUGGUAAAACACCUAAAGAACAUUAAGCAGGCAAACGGCUCUAACCCCGACGCCUACGUGGUCACGCGUCUGAGACCAGACCCUAAGCAGCGCUCCAAGAAGAAGACAAAGGUGGUCCGCAAUGAUGACAACCCCACCUUCAAUGAACUGAUGGAGUACAAUGUCCCACUGCUUUAUGGGAUAAUGCUGGAAGUGACAGUGAAGAGCAAGAAGACUUUUGUGGGUGCAACCAACAUUAAACUGGAGAAGGAGUUGCUUGACAAGGAGGCCUGGUUUAACCUCGGGAACUGUGCAAUCUGACCUCAGAGAGCUGCACUGUAGGCCUGCUGCCAGAAGGGGGUGCAACCACACUUAGGGAAAAAAUCAGUCCAAAGAUUUCUCAGACUGUAUGAGUGAGACAAACUGACCUGAGUAGAGGAACUGAGCACUCUCAUUUAUACCUAUUUAUCAGAUGUAAAUUAACUUCACUCCAGAGCUAAAUAUGCUGGCAGUGGUUGAUAUAUUUGGAUGAAGUUACAAGGCUGAGUAAAAGACUCAGGAAAGAGACUGUUUACUAUGUGAAGUAUCAUUUAUUAUUAUUUGUUUAUUAUUAAGUGUUAAUCAGAUGAAGGACAUUUGCUAAUUAAUCCAAUGUUUGGAUGUGGCCACGAUUAUGGAUGAAGGAAAGAAACUAUUACUUGUAUUAUCAUACAUGCACUUUUGUUUGUACUUUAACUGUGUUUUCUUCUCUGCGAGUCAAAACCGUCCUUGUAAACGUGUGUGGUCGAGACUGUCGAUGUGACAGAUUAAAGAGGAGGUGUGGCAGUGAUGUUAAGAGCUA